ACCGCCAGACCGCCAGUAGCUCCCAGGCAGUGACUCCGUCUGUAGCGUGUAACCGGUGGGCGGCCUGCUACGCCCGCACCGUGUGUUAUGUCAUCGAUGACAAUCCCAGGACGCGGCGGCGGUGCUCCGAAUUCGCACGGCGUGGAGUAAGCGCGAGUGACCGAGCAGACCGAGGAUAUAAAGUGGAUAUAAGUGGCGGGAUACCCCGCCGCGGAGUGGAACGUACGGAUUGCGAAUCGCACGAUCGUUCGCCAAGUUGGGAGGUGUGCACCCCGAUUCGAUCUUGGCGAUACUUCCCGGCACGUUUUCAUCUUCCUCGUGGUGUCGGUCCCCUCGCGUUCCUCGAAAGAAACACCCCGCUUCGAGAGAAACACCUAGGCGAGAAGCUGUAGCCGGGCUAGAACGGGCUAGAACGGGCGAGAGGCUCGUCGGCCGGUCGAUGGGUCGAGCUCGGUGCCCAGCGUCGUCAGCGGCCGCGAGCUCAUGCGAGUCGACGCGCCGCGGCAACGAGCUUCGAUGAGGAUCGACGCCCGCGCCCGUGUCACUCUUGCGUAUCCCUGUUUGUCGGCGCGACAUCAGGCGCCGUGUCACGGUUCGAUAGCCGGAUGAACGCCGGCGACCCCGCGAGCGUCAGCGACGUCGGCGGCGCGACCGAGCUCGGGAUCGGGAACGUACGAGCAGACGUCGACGAGCUCGCAUCAGCCGCGUCGGGACGAUAAAGGGACGAAAGCGGUGGUGGUGUCGCGACAGGACUCGUCCCGAAUCGGCGGCGGAACCUUCGUUCCGGGUCGACAAUGGCGCGGUGGCCUUGAGAAUCGAUCGCGCGGGAGCGAGUCGGGUGAACGGUCUCCGGGGUUUCGGUCUGGCGCGAUUGAAUCCGCGCGAUCCACACGCCGCGCGAUCGUUUCGCGCGCGCGCGCGCGCGCCUACCGGGUGUCUACGAUGCGCGGAACGGUAACCGGUCCGGUAACGCCAGGUCGCGAUCACGUUCAAGAGGUACGCCGCCGCGACGUGCGGAAGCGCGACAGGAAAUAUGUGAACCACGAGACUAAUUGUAAGUCACACACGUAGGCAGGUGAUACGCGCGCGCAAAGAAAAUCGCGUGUCGCAUUACGCGGUGGUUGCGAUAAUUCAAUAACGGUCGCCGCCCGGUCGUCGCCCAAGUCAUUAUCGAUCGAUCGGCCAGCAGUCGGGGGACCGGAAGCGAUUCCGUCGGACGAGAGAGACAGAGUAAUCACCGUUCGUUGAAUGGAGUAAUGAGCGGGGCCCCUGCGCGGGGCACAGUGCCCCGACGUCAAAGACGCCACCAUCAUCACCACCACCACCACCAUCAUCAUCAGAAGCAUCAAAAGCGCGUCCGGGACGAAGCGCCGCGGGACGAGACGCUGGACGAGCCCGAGGAGAAGCGACCGAAGAUCAACCCGAUCUUCCUGUGGGCGUCGCAGCGCGAGCAGAGGAUCGUCGAGGUGAGAUGCGAGGAUUACGACAAACGUAAUCGCAUCAAGCUCACCAAGACCGCGCAAGGAUGGCGCUCGAUACCGCGCACCACGUCCAACGGGUACGCGAUUGCCGAAGCCGCCGCUUGCAAGAAGACGACGCCGGGCAUGGCCGACACAUCGCCGGCCUCCUCGGUCUCGUCCAACGACGAGAAGGAAAACGGCAAGCAAUGUCUCCAAGAACCGGCAAACGCGACGGCGAGCUCCCUUCGAUGCCAUCCGCGAAUGUAUUCGCCGAACGGCACGACGAACGGUUUGCUUACUGGCGAAGGCGCAGGCAGAAAGAAGCAGGCGGAAAGAAGAGGUUACGAUGAAGAGACGAAUCGACGAGGAUAUUCCUCUCCCUUGAGGGCGCGCGAUGAAAUUAACGAUGACGAGGGCGGAGAGAAAAAUGGCGAGGAGGGUAAGAAUCACGAGCAAAGCAAGCUGAAGGAUCGUCUGUCCAGCUUGAAGAAUAAGGAUAGAUUGAACGGCUGGAUCAACCUGCAGAGAUUGCAGAUGGACAAGCUGUUCCAGCCGCGCGUCGUGCUGGAACUGCUGCAACUGUCGCAACUCCCCGAGAGCACGCAUCAAAAUAUCGUUCACCAUACGAGAAAUAAGGACGCGACGGCGAGUGAGGCGAAGCGGAUAGAGGAAAAUAGCGAGCGGGACGAGGAGAACGAGGAGAGCACCGUGGCGGAAGAAGAUGAGGAGGAAAGAGAGGAAAAGGUGGACAACGAGGAGGUGGAGGAGGAGGAGAAUAGUGAGAAAUCGAAUCGGAUGAACAAGGCGGGUAUUCAGGACAUAUUGAACAUGAUAGACGCCACGGCCUCGCCCGUUCUCGCCACUGAUACUCCCAGCGCCGAUCUACCGGUGGACUCCACUAAGACCUACGAGGUCCUCGACGAGGAGCAAUCCGCUGAGAGAGAGCAAGUCAAGAACACGGAGCUCGACGAUAUGAAGGAUCGAACGAGGAGCAUAUCCAGUUACGAGACCGAGGCCGUCGACCAAGACGGUGAGAUCGACGAUAAGCUGGAGGUGCACGAAGAAAAGAUCCUGGAGGAUUGCUGCCUGCAGGAGGUAGAAGACAAGAAGAUCCGAGUAGAGGACAAUCUCGGGCUGCUCUCGAUGAAGAAUAACGCCGAGACGACUGCGAAUUCCUGCAAAGUCGCCGAGGCCGACGGCGGUUUCGUCCUCGAUCGACCGAAAUGCGGAUCGGACUCCCUCGUCACGUGGAGGCCGAGCAUACCGACUGAGGAAGAGGAGGCGCCGGACGAGCCCGGCGAGCCGAUGAAGCUCGAUUACGACAGCUCGAAGAUCCUCGACGCCCUGAGGAAUACGCCGGGGCUUUCGGUGUCCGUAAUGAGGACCCACACGCCUGAAAUCGGUAAGAGUCCGAUCGCGCCGCCCGCGAGACCACCCUCAAAGGCAUCCUCGUCGAGCAGAUCGCCAGAUUCUCAAGCGGAAUGUGUCGAGAAGCUGCUGAAGAACGCGAACGACUUUGGUCGCGACGGCUCCCCUCGCAAUCUGCCGGGUCUAUCGAUCGUUAUACCGAGCUACCGCUACAAGAGUGUCUCCGGCCAGCUAACAGCCUCGCCGAACACGAAGCAUCGUGUCGAGUCGCCCGAGAGCACCGUUAGUUUCAACAAGGCCGACGUGUAUCCGGAGGAAAUGAAGGUGGACGGCUUUCCCCACGAGGAGGACGGGGACGAGGAGGAAGACGAGGACGACUGCGACUCGCAAGUUCUGGAAGAUCUCAGACAGCAGAAGGCGGAUUCACUGGCGUACGACGGUAUCGACGCGGAUUACUAUAACGGGCCCGGUACCAGAAGCAAUCAGGACGAUCGCAAAACCACGCUGGAGAACACGAAGAGCGAUCACGCCUGGAUCGGCUCUGGUAGAAACAGCGAGGCGCAGGCCAAAGGUAAAUAUCAAGAUCUCGAGCACUUUGACGAGCAGGUCUUGGAGGAGCUGCGAUCCCGCGGCACCGUGGUCUCGCCGCAGCCCAGUGGAAUUCCUUGUUCUCCCGCGUCCAGGAGACCGUCGUCGGCAUAUCUCGAGAGGUUACUUCCUAGUCCGCCGUGUUCGGUUUCCUGCUCGGAGGACGCCAAAAGCGAAUUGACGUUGAAGAGCAUCUUGGCCUCGUCUAGCUGCGCGGAUCCGCGGGAUUAUGACAAGGCGAAGGAGAUAGUGCCGAUCCGGUCCGAUCAGAGCGUCGAUCAGCCUAUCUCUCGACCCGUGCACUCGAGCAUCGAUAGGAACGUGAGAAGAACUAAUCAGCGCGGCUUCCAGGAACGUCUGAACGUUCACAGUCAGGAGGCGAGAAACUCCGGCCGGCCAAUGUCCAGCGGCGAUAUCCACAGUACCUUUUAUGCGGAACGCGCCGCGCCCAAGAGACCGAUGUCCGCCGAGUGGCAACCAGCGACUGGACAACGGCAAAAGAGCCAGGUCGCCUAUUACCAAAAAACCGUUAGUAAAACAAGGGGCCACUUCACCGAUCAAGAUCAGAUCAUCUGUUCCACGUCCAGCAGCAUGGACAAAUUCUUGGAUCCGGCCAGACAGCUUCGCGAACUGAUCGAAACUGUCGGCCACCUGAUUCCCGAUCCUCUCCUAGUACCUCGCGACUAUUUGCCAGGUUUGGCUGCCGCGCCGGCGACAGAGAUACCAAAAUUACUGUCCAGCAGGCCCGAACUCAGGCUGCCCGAAGCCCUCACCAGGCCCGAUCUUCUCCGGGACCCCGAUCUGCUAGUGAUAUCGCUGGCGCAUCUGCAGCAUGUGCUGGACCACGGCGAAGGCCCGGUCGCCAGGUCGCGGCACUCGUCACCGCAGCAACCUAGAGUCGCCCUUAACGGUGCCGUUAACAAAGGACUGUCCGGUUCGACGAACGGGAAUGGCGUGAGAGGCAGCGGACUCACCCGCGCCAUUAUCACUGGUGGCAGGCCCAAACUCAGCUGCAAGCCGAUCUGCACACUGAUGCCGAUGCAGCCCAUAGACUUGUCAAACGGCGGGCGAACGCGCGUCAACCCCUAUUCGCCCUUGCUUAGAGUGCGCAGUGGACUGCUCAAGCAGGAGCCGGAAGUGAGCUCUACCGCGAGCUCGCCGGAUGAAUCGCAGCUAUGGCAUCCGUUGUUCGGCAGGUAA